CCUGUUUUUGGAGGAAUCACACAAACGCAAUGAGGUUUAGCUUAGCAAAGGUAAAGCAGAAGAGAAAUGCCCGAUUCCGUUUCUCUUACGGAUAAAAACAUCCUCAAAACAAAUUUGCAGUGACCAGAAGUAAUCAGCAAAGACGUAAGCCAUUUUCCAGAAUAUUUACUGCUCUCGUAAUGGAGAUCUCUCAGCUGCAGCAGAUGUAUAAGGAUGUGCUGGUGGGCCUUCCACUAGCAAAGGAGAGCCAUCAUUAUACAUCUCUGCUCGAUCUGCGUAUUGAGCAGCCACCCAAAAGAGAUGAAUCGGGUAAUCAGAUGCAUCUGCCCUCUCCUGAGAGUGAUAUUAGGAGCCAUCAGGACCCUGAUAUUUCAGGCACUGCUGUCCCUAUCACAGAUGAUGUAUCUAAUAGCUUUGCAAACAUCAGCUCCUCGUUCUGUCCGCGAGAAGUGAUGCUGCUUCAGUUAACCUUGAUCCAGAUGAUGGUGGCAAAGGUACAGUCCCAGGAAAUUGAAUCUGAUGCCAGACAGAAAUACUGCGUUAUCUUUGUCCGUCUUCUGAAGGAAGCAAAAAUUGACUCAAAACUGAUUUGUCUAGUGAAUAGUUCUGAUCAGCUGUUAUCUCACAUGGCGUCAAAAAGUUUAGCAUCUCUUGUGUAUUUCCAGCUGAAGGAGGAGAAUGCACUAAAUGUCACCUGGCUCACCUUUAGUCUGGAGAUUCUGUCAGAAUUCCCUAUGAAUCCUCAAGCAGCAAAAUGUAUGUGGACUCUUACAGCCAUUAUCAGGGACAUUUUGAAAGAUAAAGUUUUACCUAAAGCAGGUGUCUUGAAGAAGUUGCUGGCUCCUCUUGACGCUGUGCUUGAAGGGUUUUAUAAUUCCAUUUUGUGUCAUCAUUUCGACAGUCUCCGCUAUACUUCCCCUUAUUCUGAAGCCGCAAACCAUUUGAUCAGUUUUAUAGAUCUGCUUGAAGCUCUUCUGGCUUCCAGAAUUGAGUUAGAAGUACCCCUGAGAUGCCAAAGAGUGUUAUUUUUGAAGGUUUCUUAUGUCCUGAAUUGCAUUAGCUCAUCAGUUCAUUAUUUAUUUAAGAAGAAAUUCAUUAUGCUCCUUAAAAAAUGCAUCCUUUACAAAUCUAGAGAAGAUUCUGUAAGUGGAUCAAUGUCUGUACAGAAGCCUUGUUUAUCUGAGGACGUUCUCGCACUGAGUAAUGGGGUUCUGCAAGGUGUGAGUUUGCCUUGGCUUAAUGAGAUCCCUCUUGGUGAAAAAACGAGCUACUUUGGAGGCAGCGAGCCCCAUCCUGGAGAUGACACUCACAGUGGUCCUGACCAAACCCUUCUCAGAGCCCUAAGUCUAAUUGUGCUUAAAGCCCUGGAAUUCAAGUCUCAGAGCUCUGCCACAGAAGCCGAAGUCAAAGGAGAAUUUCAGAGCUCCAUGUCCCAGUUGUUGGCAUUCUGGAGGGGUCACCUGCCGUCUUCCUCACAUUCUCACCCUGUUGUACAUCACUGUGAAUGGCUUUCCUUGAUUUUCAUAGAGCAAGAUGAUGAUAUGUGGGAAGCUGCUAAAGCAUUAUUGCUCAUUUAUUUAAAAUUUCACAGGUUACAACGCGAUGCUGCUGAUAAUUUAAGCCUAAAAGAGGAGGAAACCUGCAACUUCCUUKCGCAUGAAAUUGGCUGUAAUCCCCAUUGUAUCUUUUUAUUCUUCCUAAAAAGUAUUGCAUUUGAUUCCACAGUUCUUCUAGAUUUUUUGAUUUCAUCGGAAACUUGUUUUCUGGAGUAUUUGGUAAGGUAUUUGAAACUUCUUAGGGAAGACUGGCACCAUUUUAUCAAUGUCUGUAACCGUUUUGAUAGGAAACAUGGCACUUCUCAAUCCGUUUCUUCUGACAUACCACCUCAUCGUGCAAAACAAAACUGUAUGACUGAUGUGAGUUUGCAGAAUGCCUGUUGUGAACCAGCUCCACAGAGUGUAUCUUUGGCAUCUUCUCACUUGGUUUUCACAACAGAGCAAGAUGAUAAUGAAGUUGUGGAGUCCAACCAGUCUAACUCAUUGCCAUGCACUGAGAGUGCAGCUUUGCUGGGUUCUCUUCAAAGCCUUGUUAAUUAUGACAGCUCAGAAGAUUCUGAACAAGAAUCAGUUGGAAAAGAGUGUGUGGUAAAAAUAAAGCAGAGGCCUUUAAAUUACGAGGGCAAGGCAAAGAUAAGGGAAGCUGUUUGCAACUGCACAGGUGAUAAACAAAAUGCCCUCAAAUCUGAAGUGUUGCCCCUGAAGCAAAAGGGAACUAAUACCUCAUCCUUGCUGCCUUGUACAGUGCCUUCAGAUAACAUCAUUCCUCUAAGAAUAAUGCUUUACAAAUCAACUGCAUGUUUGGAAGAGCUGCAAAUAGCUAUUUCUAGGUUGCGGAGAAAAAACCUUUUCCCAUAUAAUCCUUCUGCAUUGCUCAAACUGCUGGGUUGCAUUGAGAAGAUCAGUAAGAACAUGAAUUCAUGUGAAGACAAAGAAAUGUCUUCCUGAUUUCUCACUUGUCUGCAAGGGAAUGUUUACAUAAGAUAAAUGAAUUCCAAAACUCAUGCAUUUGACACCUAUCAUGUAUUUGAACUGAACGGGCUAACCUUGUUUUUGUUGACACCUUAAAAAGAUCUGAAAAUCUGCAGUUGCAUUAGAUGACCUGAUCCUGUUGCCUUAGAGUCCCAGGUUUAUCUACGGUAUGUGUGUCACUGUAUAUAAAGAUGAAUUGUUAGGUAUUAAAAAUCUGCUAAUAAAUGAUUAAUCUGAAGCUGUAUCAGCAGUAUAUGAUAUUUAAAGUGAUGUCAUUUAAACCCAAUGUCAUUCUAAUUUGUGAAAUCAUUGCUAGAUUUGUGUCCAGUGUGGUGUUGCUGCAACACUGAGAUGCCUUGAUGUUGUGCCAAAUAAAACCCUUAAGUCAGGGACAGUUCUUUAGUUUGGGUUAAUGCCGUGAGUCCUGCAUCGGUGCUCUGGCCUAUGAAAAGGUCUCUCCUUGGCUGAAAGACUUAGUUGAUAUCUAGGAUGAAUGUUUAGCUUUUAUUGUUUACCUGGUUUAAUCAGCAGUGCUACCAUUUCACUGAAAGUUGGAUUUAGUGUUUCUUAAAUAUUUUAUAGUAUAUUCCUUAACUAAAAGGAAAUUUAGAUGUUGGACUAGCCUAUCUGUAGAGUGUUGUAAUGCUGCACGAAAUCUAAAUUCCACCUUGGGUAGCAUUGAAGUGAAAUUCUAACAAAAUUGCCCACUUCAUUACACAUUCAUAUGCACAUACACACAUACA